AUGAUGGUCCGCGUAGGCGGCGGGUGGGACACGCUGGAGCACUUCUUGUCGCGGCAUGAGCCCUGCCAGGUGCGUCUGGUGACCCCCGGCCGUCGCGCGCACACGCUCACCCCCCUCCCUGAACCUCUCCAGCAACCCGACCACGUCCUCUCUCCCGCCAGCAGCAAGACCUCCCUCCGUGGCUCCGGCACCGUUUCCCCCGUAGAGAGUAAGGCUUCCUCUCUCAGCGGCAAGUCUUCGCCGUUAGACAAGCCGGUCCGCCGCCCCGAUCCUUCUCGGGAGAUCAAACGUACAUCGACCCCGGUUAAACCGACGCGAGACCUCAAGUCGACGCUAACUCUGCCGCUGAAAGACUCGAAGAUUGUCGGCCGACCCAGAAAGCAGUCGGCGCCAAAUUUCAGCACCCCGAGCACGCCCGUCAGCAGCGCACGCACUCCCCCCAUGGAAAAUAAAAAGACGCUCGCUAUCGACGCUGCGAAGAAGACGCGGAGCGCAAGUCUUACGAGCCAGAGAGUUCUCUGCGGUGCGGAGAAACUCGACCGACCGAAGAAGAAAAGCGUCAGCGCGGCGACCACGCCGACGGAGCCGAGGAAACAGCGCAGCCUGAGCUCCGCUUCUACUCCGGUCAAUGAGCCGAGAAAGUCCUUCGAAGGGUACGCGAAGAAGACGAGGAGCAUGAGCGUUGCAUCGACUCCGGAGCCGCUGAUGACGAUGCGCAAGAGCGCAUCCUUAGCGGGACCCGUCCUCACGCCCGCCGCCAUCGAGCGCAGUAUCCGCCUGUCUCUGGAGGCAUCCAUAGCCGACGACCAUUCCCCCAAAAGACCGUUCCUUCACAUCAAGGCUAAAUACAGGAGUCCCCCACCACGCGAGGUGCCACCUAGAUAA